AGAGCCGGGUCUAAUGGAAAAAGAGGGGCGAAACGAACUACUACUCCCAUCAUGCCAGGGGCAGCUCCGCGCGUUCCACCCUGGGAGUUGUAGUCUUCUGCCCCUGGGAUCCAACGGCAACCUCAUUGUGUGAACUCUGUUAACCAGAAAGCCUCGCGCGACCACGGCCGGAGUUGGAAUUCCUCGGUUAAUCGUUCUCGCCGGCUAUUAGCGGAACCUGUUGGUGUGGCCCACAGGGCUUAGUGGGGCUGCACGAGGUUAGUUGCUUAGCAAGGGGAGCUUCGGUCAACUGCCACCUUGGCCACGGCGACAGGAAAUUGGUCGCUUCCCCUAGGCCCCCGUCAUGCCUCAUAUCGACAUCGACGUCAAACUGGACUUUAAGGAUGUCUUGUUGAGGCCCAAACGCAGUACCCUUAAGUCUCGAAGUGAGGUAGAUCUCACAAGAUCCUUUGCGUUUAGAAACUCAAAGCAGAUGUACACUGGGAUCCCCAUCAUUGCUGCCAAUAUGGAUACUGUUGGCACCUUUGAGAUGGCCAAGGUUCUCUGUAAGUUCUCCCUCUUCACUGCUGUCCAUAAACACUACAGCCUCGAGCAGUGGAAAGAGUUUGCCAGCCAGAAUCCUGACUGUCUUGAGCACUUGGCUGCCAGCUCAGGCACAGGUUCUUCUGACUUUGAGCAGCUGGAACAGAUCCUGGAAGCUAUUCCCCAGGUGAAAUACAUAUGCCUGGACGUGGCAAAUGGCUACUCUGAACACUUCGUUGAAUUUGUAAAGGAUGUGCGGAAGUGCUUCCCUAAACACACCAUCAUGGCAGGGAAUGUGGUAACAGGAGAGAUGGUGGAAGAGCUGAUCCUCUCUGGGGCUGACAUCAUCAAAGUGGGAAUUGGACCAGGCUCUGUGUGUACCACCCGGAAGAAAACUGGAGUGGGGUAUCCGCAGCUCAGUGCAGUGAUGGAGUGUGCAGAUGCUGCUCACGGCCUCAAAGGCCACAUCAUUUCAGUAAGGCCCAAGGGCAGGGGAUGCCAAACAUCUGGGCUUUCUGCCGUCCAUGGGAGCUUUGAUAGAGGUGGAUCAGGACUCCUAGGUUCCUGUCAGCUUGAGGUGGGCAGUUGGGACAUCGCUGAGAGGGCUUGGGAAAUCCAUGCUGUCCCGACAGUGCUCCUUACUUUGCAGGAUGGAGGCUGCAGCUGUCCUGGAGAUGUGGCCAAGGCAUUCGGGGCAGGGGCUGACUUCGUGAUGCUGGGUGGCAUGUUGGCUGGGCACAGUGAGUCAGGUGGUGAGCUCAUCGAGAGGGAUGGCAAGAAGUACAAGCUCUUCUAUGGAAUGAGUUCUGAGAUAGCCAUGAAGAAGUAUGCUGGGGGCGUGGCUGACUACAGGGCCUCAGAGGGUAAGACAGUACAGGUGCCCUUCAAAGGGGAUGUGGAACAUACCAUCCGAGACAUCCUUGGAGGCAUCCGCUCCACAUGUACCUACGUGGGAGCAGCUAAGCUGAAGGAGCUGAGCCGGAGAACUACCUUCAUUCGUGUCACCCAGCAGGUGAAUCCAAUCUUCAGUGACGUCAGCUAGGCCUAAGCAGUUCUGCCCUGCCAAGCCAAGGCACCAGCACCUUGCCACAGGGCCUCUCAAGCAGGCCCCUCUCCCAUCCCAACUACUAUUACUAUUGUUUGGUCAGUUCCUGUCGUCUGGCUCCUGAGAGCUCCUGCAGUAAUUCUGUACUUCCCUAUCUGCACACAAAAUGCCCAGGGCACUGACUGGGGAGGAAGCCAGGAAGGCAAGCUGAGAAAAUGAAGAUAAUCAAAUGAGAAUCUGGGGACCCAACUCUUGAGGAUUAGAAGAAAAAGAUACUGAUUCAUACUAAAUGUUUUACGAGUACAUGGCCGUGGUCUGGAAGAGGUAGGCUUUUAGAAUCGUGUUUUGUUAAUAAGUGUCAUUAAAUAGGAUGUUGAAUAUCUAAAAAGCUCAAGAAGUGUUACAUAUUUU